GCCAGGUGUAUGUGGGAAGAGAAGUUUGCAGAACUGAAAUGGAGGUCAGAGCUUCAUUACAGAAGGUUAGUGGGUCAUCUGAUUCUGUGGCUACACUGAACAGUGAAGAAUUUGUUUUGGUUCCUCAGCAUGCGGAUGAUACAUCUAUAAAAGAUGAUGAAAAACCUCAACUGAAGAUAGUUUCUAAUGGUGAUGAACAAUUGGAAAAAGCCAUGGAAGAGAUUUUGAGAGAUUCUGAGAAAGUUCAAAGCAGUCGUCUUGUUGAUUGUCAAAGUUCCAAUGAGAUUUCAGACCAUUCAUUUGGAGAUAUUCCAGCCAGUCAAACAAAUAAGCCAUCUCUUCAAUUAAUUUUGGACCCAUCUAACACAGAAAUUUCCACACCCAGACCAUCUUCUCCAGGUGGAGAAGAAGAUAGUGUUUUAUUUAAUAAACUGUCCUACUUAGGAUGUAUGAAGGUUUCUUCCCCACGUAAUGAAGUGGAGGCAUUAAGGGCAAUGGCAACCAUGAGAUCUUCCAGUCAGUACCCUUUUGCUGUUACUCUGUAUGUGCCAAAUGUUCCAGAAGGUUCUGUGAGAAUCAUAGACCAAUCCAACAAUGUGGAGAUAGCAUCUUUUCCAAUCUAUAAGGUGUUGUUCUGUGCACGUGGACAUGAUGGAACAGCAGAGAGCAAUUGCUUUGCAUUUACAGAGAGUUCCCAUGGUUCAGAAGAAUUUCAGAUACAUGUUUUCUCCUGUGAAAUUAAAGAGGCAGUAAGCAGAAUUUUAUAUAGUUUCUGUACAGCAUUCAAACGUUCUUCCAGACAAGUGUCUGAUGUUAAAGACUCAAUUAUUCCGACCCCUGACAGUGAUGUAUUUACCUUCAGUGUUUCCUUGGAGGUAAAAGAAGAUGAUGGAAAAGGAAACUUUAGUCCUGUGCCUAAGGAUAGAGAUAAAUUUUAUUUCAAAUUAAAGCAAGGAAUAGAGAAGAAAGUUGUGAUUACAGUGCAACAACUUUCUAACAAAGAACUAGCUAUUGAAAGGUAAGUGACUUGCUCCCAAACCCUACCAAAAACUUGUAUUGAAAUUGUUAUUGUGUUUCAAAAGACAUACUGUUGAAUCUCAGUUAUAUUACUCACUGUGGCUUUUCACUAUACUUCAUUUUCUCUAGUGAAAAAGAUAUAGUUGGUUAGAUAAAGUUAGUUAGAAACAGAUGGUUC